UUUUAACUUUGGGGCUAUAGGCCUUUACAAACGGACUAAUGCUGGGCAGAAGGGAUUUGUUAUUAUGGUUGUUGAUGUCAAGGAAAGACGCUGGGCCCCAGGAGUCACCCAAACGGGAGUUCGAAUCCUGUUCGCUCGCUGUGUGACCUCGGGAAAAAUAAACUCUGAAAUGAGAUGCUAUCUUUGGCUGUGAGUCCUGCAUAAGAUCACCAGUGAUCACCUGGCAUUUCUGUGACACAGGCAGGUCCUCAGGGUCUGUGCAAGUUUGCAAACAUGUUCACUGUAUCUCAGACCUCAAGAGCAUGGUUCAUCGAUCGCGCCCGUCAGGCUCGAGAAGAAAGGCUUGUGCAGAAGGAGCGGGAGCGGGCAGCUGUGGAGAUCCAGGCACAUGUCCGGAGCUUUCUGUGUCGGAGGCAACUGCAGAGAGAUAUCAGGAGAGAGAUCGAUGAGUUUUUCACAGCAGAUGACUCUGGGUCCAGUAAAAGAAGCGCACUUUGUGUUUUUAAGAUUGCCAGGAAACUGCUGUUCUUAUUUAGAAUCAAAGAGGAUAACGAGAGAUUUGAGAGGUUGUGUCGUAGCGUCCUGAGCAGCAUGGAUGCUGAGAACGAACCUAAGGUGUGGUAUGUGUCCCUGGCUCUUUCUAAGGAUCUCACCCUUCUAUGGAUUAAACAGAUCAAGAGCAUUCUGUGGUAUUGCUGUGAGUUUCUUGAGCAGCUCAAGCCUGAAAUCUUACAAGAUUCCCGACUCAUCACGCUGUACCUCACGAUGCUUAUCACCUUCACAGACACUUCAACAUGGAAAAUUCUUCGGGGAAAAGGUGAGAGUCUUCGACCUGCCAUGAACCACAUUUGUGCAAAUAUAAUGGGACAUCUCAACCAGCAUGGAUUUUACUCUGUGCAGCAGGUAUUGUUAACCCGUGGCCUGGCAAGAUCCCGGCCUUGUCUGUCCAAAGGCACUCUCACAGCAGCCUUUUCUCUAGCAUUGCGCCCUGUGAUUGCUGCACAAUUUUCAGACAAUCUGAUUCGACCAUUCCUCAUCCACAUCAUGUCUGUGCCUGCUCUUGUGACUCAUCUCAGCACAGUGACCCCUGAGCGCCUUGCUGUUUUAGAAUCUCAUGACAUGCUUCGUAAGUUCAUCAUAUUUUUAAGAGAUGAAGAUCGAUGCCGUGAUAUAUGUGAAAGUUUAGAAGGAUGCCACACUCUUUGUCUAAUGGGCAACCUUCUACACUUGGGGUCUCUCAACCCCAGGGUGUUAGAGGAGGAGACGGAUGGGUUUGUGAGUUUGCUCACCCAGAUGCUGUGCUACUGUCAGAAGUACGUGUCCCAGAAGAAAUCCAACCUAACCCACUGGCACCCUGUCCUUGGCUGGUUCUCACAGUCUGUGGAUUACGGCCUUAAUGAGUCAAUGCACUUGAUCACCAAACAGCUGCAGUUCCUGUGGGGGGUUCCUCUGAUCCGGAUCUUCUUCAGUGACAUCCUGAGCAAGAAGCUGCUAGAGAACCAGGAGCCAGCCCGCGCGCAGUCUGCAUCUCCACAGAAUGUCCUUCCAAUGAAGAGUCUCCUAAAGCGUGCAUUUCAAAAGUCUGCAUCAGUCCGGAAUAUUCUUAGGCCUGUUGGGGGUAAACGUGUUGAUUCUGUGGAAGUCCAGAAGGUUUGCAACAUCUGUGUCCUCUACCAGACAUCACUGACAACUCUAACUCAGAUCCGGCUACAGAUCCUCACAGGUCUCACUUACCUUGAUGACCUGCUACCCAAGCUGUGGGCAUUUAUCUGUGAGCUGGGGCCCCAUGGAGGGUUAAAGCUCUUCUUGGAAUGCCUGAACAAUGACACUGAGGAGCCCAAGCAACUCUUGGCCAUGCUGAUGCUGUUCUGUGACUGUUCCCGGCACCUCAUCACGAUCCUUGAUGACAUUGAAGUUUAUGAGGAGCAAAUUUCUUUCAAACUGGAAGAACUUGUGACCAUCUCCUCUUUUCUGAAUUCCUUCGUGUUUAAGAUGAUCUGGGAUGGAAUUAUAGAGAAUGCCAAGGGCGAGACCUUGGAGCUGUUCCAGUCCGUCCACGGGUGGCUGAUGGUGCUCUAUGAGCGGGAUUGCCGGCGGUGCUUUGCUCCAGAGGACCACUGGCUGCGAAAGGAUCUCAAACCUAGUGUGCUCUUCCAAGAACUCGACAAGGACAGAAAGCGAGCACAGCUGAUCCUGCAGUACAUCCCUCAUGUCAUCCCUCACAAAAACAGAGUCCUGCUGUUUCGAACCAUGGUUUCCAAGGAGAAGGAGAAGCUGGGGCUUGUGGAAACCAGCUCCGCCUCCCCACAUGUCACUCACAUCACCAUCCGCCGAUCCCGGAUGCUGGAGGAUGGCUACGAGCAGCUCCGGCAGCUCUCCCAGCAUGCAAUGAAGGGUGUAAUCCGGGUGAAGUUUGUCAAUGACCUUGGGAUGGAUGAGGCCGGGAUUGAUCAAGACGGUGUCUUCAAGGAGUUCUUGGAAGAGAUCAUCAAGAGGGUGUUUGACCCAGCCCUCAACCUGUUUAAGACAACCAGCGGAGAUGAGAGGCUGUACCCCUCGCCCACAUCCUACAUCCACGAGAACUACCUGCAGCUCUUUGAGUUUGUGGGGAAGAUGCUGGGGAAGGCUGUGUAUGAGGGAAUUGUGGUGGACGUGCCCUUCGCGUUCUUCUUCCUGAGCCAGCUGCUCGGGCACCACCACAGCGUCUUCUACAGCUCUGUGGAUGAGCUUCCUUCCCUGGACUCCGAGUUCUACAAAAACCUCACUUCUAUUAAGCGCUAUGAUGGAGACAUCGCUGACCUGGGCCUGACUCUGUCUUACGAUGAGGACGUCAUGGGGCAGCUUGUUUGCCAUGAACUGAUUCCUGGAGGGAAGACCAUUCCUGUUACAAAUGAAAAUAAAAUUAGCUACAUCCAUCUGAUGGCCCACUUUCGAAUGCACACUCAAAUCAAAAACCAGACAGCUGCCCUUAUUAGCGGAUUCCGUUCCAUUAUCAAACCCGAGUGGAUCCGAAUGUUCUCAACCCCUGAGCUGCAGCGUCUCAUCUCCGGUGACAAUGCUGAGAUUGAUCUGGAAGAUUUAAAGAAGCACACGGUGUACUACGGUGGUUUUCACGGAAGUCACAGAGUCAUCAUCUGGCUCUGGGAUAUUCUGGCCUCUGACUUCACACCGGACGAGAGAGCCAUGUUUCUAAAGUUUGUGACCAGCUGCUCCAGGCCCCCACUGCUGGGAUUCGCCUACCUCAAGCCUCCCUUCUCCAUCCGUUGUGUGGAAGUAUCGGACGAUCAGGACACCGGGGACACCCUGGGCAGCGUCCUUCGGGGCUUCUUCACCAUCCGCAAACGGGAGCCCGGCGGCCGACUGCCCACCUCCUCCACCUGCUUCAACCUGCUCAAGCUGCCCAACUACAGCAAGAAGAGCGUCCUGCGCGAGAAACUGCGCUACGCCAUCAGCAUGAACACGGGCUUUGAGCUCUCCUAGCUCCCGCCUCUGCCCUCCAGGGCUCCUGGGCUGCUGGGGACCUUCAGCUCCCAGAGGCAGCGUGCCCUGGGAGUGUGACCAGUAUGCCAGGUGGUGUGGGCCCCAGGCCUUCUCUACAGCCAUGAGACCCCCCCUAUGGCCUCAAGAGCUUCAGACGCACAGGAUGACAGUACACAGCAUUCUCCAGGGGAUGCCUGUGGGAAGGGGGUGUGGAAAAUAAACCUCCAGAUUCCACCA